AUUAAAAAUGGUCACUUUCGUCUGUGAUAUUUGUGGAGAUACUAUCAAGAAGAACAGAGUUGAAAAACACUGCAGCACCAAAUGCAGAGACGCCUGGAAUUUCACUUGUCUAGAAUGUGGAAAAGUUUUCGAAGGUUACGAGUAUGAUAAGCACACCUCUUGAAUAACAGAAGUUGAGAAGUACCAAGGUACCUUUCUUAAAAAGGAACAGGAGAAAAAGAGGAAGGCUAAAGAAGAAAAAAAGGCUAAAGAAGAAGCCAAAAUGAAUCAAACUGAGCUUGAAGAGAACAAAGAAGCUGAAGAAGAGAAGGAAGAAUCUGUAGAAAAUGAAGAAAAGAAAGUACCUGAGCCAAAGAGCAUUCUCAAAAAUAAGCAAGAAGAAUCACCUAAAAAGAAGUCUAAGAAAACAAAGAGUUCCAAACUCGACAUGAAAGCGAAAAUAAAAGCCGAGAUGGAGCAAACAAAUAUCUCAUCCCUAGAUAUAACAUCCAAUGAUUGGAUAAAGGAGAACAUCCUCACAGGAGAUUCUGAGUUCCCAGGAUGGAAGAAAGCUAUAAAAACCCUUCUAAAGUCUCUUGAAGGUAAGGAUGCCCUAAAGAAAAAGUUCAAGAAAUGUCUCCGCAAAGCAUACGAGAUAUCCUCGUCUUACCAAAAAGAGACCAGGAAAGAGUUAAAUAAGUUAAUAGACCAGAAAUUAGAACAAAGCAAGAGAGUAAGAGUGUUUGCAGACCUUGUGCAGAAUACCAAGACUAAGAACGACCUUGAAUAAUUUUCAACAUUAGGUAUUGGAAAG